AUGCCCACAUCCAGAGAGCUGCUGGCUCAGGGCUGGCUGGCCUGGCUGCAUCCUCUUUCGUCUCUGAGCUUGCAGAUGCGCGCCCAGGUCGCUGCUUUCAAAGUGCCAGUCAUGAUCGCAACAUUCCAAUGCGACAUUCGUUACACAAGAAAGCUGGGGGAGCUAAGACGAGACGCAUGCCGAAUCCAGUCCUCCUCCCUCACCCCCAAAUUUUGUCUGCUCAGCUUCAACAUCCCGCGUCGCGUCAUUUGUCCAAUUGGAGAGUAUCCAGGAGCCAGCUCCAGUGCAGCUCAAGCUAGCUAUCCUCAUGUUUUUCUCUCGUCAUCUUCGCUGUGCGCCUUUUUCUGUUCACUCUGGGAUACGGAUACCCGAGGGAUUACGGAUACUCAUUUGCUCUUCACGAACUCAUCUUUGUGUGACUCCACAGCCCCCGGGACCACACUCCAAAUCCAACCCGGCCCUUUCGCCGGCGCCCAUGCCGGCCAUCAAUCUUACAUUUUCAAGCACUUUGAAGUCGGCAUGUGCCGACUUUUGGGGAGAUUAUUUGGAGAAGCAGAGCCACCCUAA